UAUUAUCAUUACGCAUAAUCGCCGCGAUACUUGGCGCCUCGCCGUACAUGCCAAUCGUAUCGCCGUCGCCACCGCCGCCGCCGCCGCCGUCGGUUCGCGGAUCGUCGCUCGGUAUGCCGUCUGCACGGGGUUGCUGCGACCGGACAACUACAGAGGACCAUCGUCUCGUCGCCACCGGCGACGGCUACCCGCCCGCCCGACAGCGAUCGUAGAUUCUUCUCGGCGUCCACAUCGGAUUUGGAGAGAUGAAAAAUUGCGGACAAACAUACCCUAAAAUAAACCCAUUGAUGAAUCCUCACGACAACAUGGACCUAGUCAACUGCCAUUCCAAUAUCACAGUCAAUGUUAACAACAACAAUAACCAAACUACAGUUAAAAAAUUACCAAAGAAACGAAAAUUUGAUUUAUCUCAACUUGAAGAAUGUGAUCCUGUGUCUGAUCCGCUUUUACCUGUUCAAAAACAAUGCAAUACCAGUUGUGUAGCCAGCGUUGUCGUUGUACCCCCUCAGUCUAUGGCUGUCGAUUAUUCUAGACUUGAUGGAUUUGACCGACCUAACUAUGCUGAUGUGCCAGUAAUUGUUGAAGAUCAUUCUGAACAAAACGACGAGGCUACAUAUACAAACGUUCACGAUGAAACAUCAAGAAUUGGUGUUGACUUACAAGAAUGGACCGAUCAUAGAGUAUUGGCUAAAAGAGAUGGAGUUUAUUUGCCAGGUCUAAUCAGACAAGCAACAUCAAAUGGUGAUGUUUGGAUAGAAUUUGACUAUUCUGAUGAAGGACAGCGAUAUGUUUCAUUUAAAGAUGUUAUAAAUGCUAGCAAAUAUGAUGUUAUCAGUGACGCCAGUCCAUCUUUAAGUCAAGUGAAUAUUGGUGCCAGAGUAUGUGUUCGAAUCGCUGGUUCUCAACCGGACGAAGGACAUCUGGUUCCCCGAGUAUUCAUUGAAGGUGUUGUACAAAAAAUAAUAACUAGCCCUGUAAGAUUUGUUGUAAGUGUUGUAUCUGGUAACAAUGAAGAAUAUGUGGUGAAGAGAGCAGAUCUUCGCUUACUGUUACCACCGUGGUGGGAUGAACUUGAACAUGAUGUACCUAAUGGUCAUAUUCCAUUAAUACGAGAACCUACACCACCUAUAGCUAAUGUGCCAGCCAAUUACUAUCAAACUUCAGUAUCUUCUCCUUUACAACCUAUAAAUAAUCGCCAUUUUGAUGAUUUCUGUGAAAGUGAUGAUGAUCUCCGACGAGAAGACAUAUUGUUUAUGUCAGAUGCUGAUGCUGGAAAAUUAUCUGGAAGCAGCAAAAGGAGCAGUAUGCAAAGCAGAGGUAGCACAUGUAGCAUAUUAGAUCACGGAGGUAGCACCACUCCUAGAUCCACUCCAGUCACUCCUAGAUCUCAGAUUACAUCCCCUCAUAAAUAUAAGAAAGGGGAUAUUGUCACAACACCAAGUGGAAUAAGAAAAAAGUUUAAUGGAAAACAAUGGCGACGAUUAUGUUCAAAAGAAGGUUGCUCAAAAGAGUCUCAAAGAAGAGGAUACUGUUCUCGACACUUGAGUUUAAAAGGCAGUAGUUUAAGGUCUUGUGCUUCAAGUAGUACGAGUUUUACAAGAGGAAAUCGAAGUACUAUAGAUGGAGAUGAAACUUCACGGGAAUCUCAAACUUCUCCUAGUUUUUCUGAACGACGAUUGGCUGGUCGCUUUGACCCUGAUGAAACAGAAGCUGCCAACAUGCUUGGUAUACAACUUUCAUUAGGAAGUUCAAGAUCUGGAACUCCAUUAUAUUCUUCCCCUUGCCCAUUAGGUGGUAAUAAUAAUACACAAUCGCCACUUACUGUUGGAUCCCGUCAAAAUAUGUUCCUACCCAUUAUUUUGCCAGCAAAUCAAAAUUAUCCUUCAACAACACCUACUGGAAAUGGACUAGCUACUCCUCCUGCCAUAAACAAUAAUUCCAACAACCAAUUUAGACAACAACAACAACUUGUGAAGCCGGAAUUGUUAAGACCAAAAACCCAACAUGGCUUACACGAGUCUAUGCCAACUUCAAGUCAAACUAGUGUGAUCAGAAUUUCACCACAUACAAUACAACCUAAAUCAAGUAUUGCUGUAUAUUCUCAAUCACAAAUAUGUUGGAGAGGAAUCUUAGCUUCACCUCAACUACAACAAAAACACACAAAUCAACCGGCGGCUCAGUGGCAAGUUGAAAGACAUCCGAGUGUUGUAGUAUCAUCUCAACAACAUGGUCAUAUAUUAGAAAAAGCAUUAACCACAGUUGAAAUGAAUACAGUUAGUGAUGCAUAUGGUCGAAUUUGUGAAAAUAAUGAAGUUUUUAACAGAGACAAUAAUAAUGUUUUUCAAGAAUCUGUGAUAAAAAAAGAAUCUGCAGGAAAUAAUGUAUCAUUUACACAACAUUUGUUACAUACUACUGGAUAUCAUCAACGAGUGCAAAACAUUCCGAACGUCAUCCCAACACCCUCUGUAGUUACUAAACAUAGCUACACUACUCUUCAGAAUGAAUAUCAGGAUUAUCAAAAUAAGAAUUCAGUACUUCAACAAGUAAUUGUUCAUCCUACUGAACUGUUACCUGUGUUACCCAUUGUCGAUGAAAGAAAAGAAGAGCCACCUGAACCUAACCCCACGCUGACGAACAAUGAAAAUGGAAAUUUAACUGUUUAUUCUUGGGAUACAUUAUUGCCAAUAUUAAAUUCAGAAGAAGUAGUCCAGCCAAAUAUCACUUCAAUGCCAAAAUCUCUCUCUCCUCCCUUAUCAGCUCCACCUAUUUUAACUCCACCACCAGCAGAGUCUCCUGAUGUUGAUGAUGAUGAUGUAUUUGAGCAAGAACCUUGCGAUACUGAUGACACAAAUCCCAAUACUGCUGCUGGCAAACGUAGAACUCAAUCUCUUAGUGCUUUACAAAAUACUAAAGAACCGCAAAGUCCACUAACAAAAGCCAAAGAUCGGAUAAGACGGCCGAUGAAUGCUUUUAUGAUAUUUAGUAAGAGACAUAGAGCUUUGGUACACCAGCGACACCCAAAUCAAGAUAAUAGAACAGUAUCAAAGAUUCUUGGAGAAUGGUGGUAUGCAUUAGAUCCAGAUCAGAAACAAAAGUAUCAUGAAUUAGCUUCUGAAGUUAAAGAAGCUCAUUUUAAAGCUCAUCCAGAGUGGAAGUGGUGUAGUAAGGAUAGAAGAAAAUCAAGUGGUAGUGGGCGAUCUAAGUUAGGAUCUACUGAUGAACAUACACCAUUAGAUCAUGAUCCUAUGGUUGAAGUAACUAUAGAAAUGGCUGAGGAACCAAAAGUUCAAGAAAAAAAAGAUCCCCCCGAUGUAGAAAUGAAAAAUGAUUCAGAAGAUGAACAAAUGGUAGUUGUUGAAAGUUCUGAAAUUGAUUUAAAAUGUAAAGAAAAAGUGACAGAUUCUGAUACUGAAUCACAAAGUGAUGCUGAACCAUUACACGAGAAUAAAACAUUUCCUCAACAAAGGUUUAGUCCUGUCAAAUCAACUAGUUCCAGUGAAGUAACUUGUCGGCCAAAACCCAUAAAAGCUAGAUUGGUAUCUUCGGGUUCAACUGAUGCUAAGUAUCCACCCAAAACAGUUAAUUCGAGAGAACCAACAACUCCAAUUGUGUAUCCAUAUCAUUCUCCAAUAAAUCCUGUUGGAGUUUCUCCAUUUCAACCUACUGGCGGUGCAUUUAAAUUGAUGCCCGCUUCACCCAAAAUUAAAAAUCCUUCUGAUCAAUUCCCUCAACAAACACCUGAACCAACUGCGUGGACAUCAUCUGGAUCCGAAACUUGGAAUCAAACAAAAUUAAUCAACACAAAUGCUUGGGCAGCAUCAACUGCUGAAUGGAACAAUAACAAACCGACAACUACAACAACUGUUAACUCAAAAAUUGUUGUAACACCCUUAUCACAGCAGAAUAUAUUUCAUUACACAUCUUCACCAAACAAGGAAACUGAACAAAAACCAACAUGUUCUGUUAGACAAGUAAUAGGCGGUCGACCAGUAUUAAUACAAACUGCUGGUAAACAGUCAUCAGGGUUUCAACAACAAUCAUUAACGUUGGCUUUUUUGAAUGCCGGUGACUCUUCCACUUCUCUUGUCACUAAUUUAUUAGUGGCCAAAGGUAGUGAUAACGUAAAUCCAUCAACAAGGAAUAACGAAACAACCACCGUACAAUAUUUGAUACCGAGUCGACUACCAAACAUAUAUUUGCCACAGCAAACACUUACAAAUACAACACUGAAUCAACCACAGUCUGUGAAAUCAACACAAGCUUCCACUGUUAUUGUCAGUACUCAAAAUAAUCCGUUAAUUAUCAAUACAAAUGAAACUGGGACGACAGCAAAGAAUUCCAAUAUUUCAGAAAAACGAGAUCCAGAUAUUGUUAUAAGAGCUGAUAAUAAUGAAAAUUUAAUGUCUUUUGAGAAGUCACAGUAUGCAGAUUCUAAAGAAAACGGUUCACCAAUUAUAUUUGAUUUUAAAGAUGAUAGUGCCAAGGAGGAACCGUCAAAAAACGACAUAGAAGAAAAGCCAUUUGUUCUUGCUCCUACUCCAGCACAAUUAGGCAAAGCCCCUUUACAAAGAAGACAAUCUAUGGUAUCUUCAAGUCAAGAUUCGUUGCCAAAUUCCUUACCUGAUAAAGAUUCUGAUAUGGUUGAAGAUGCAACUGACGAAGUUCCAGUGUCACCGUCGGCCAAGCGUAGCUUUUUCAAAAAAAAUAUUGAGGACGGUAUGGACCGUGUCUUAGAACAAGUAAACUUUGAAAUGAAGUUUUCUUCGUUACCACAAUUUAAACCGGAUGAAUGUAAUUCACCAAGUGCAAUAUCAGUACCCUCCAGUCCCCAUGUAUUCAAUGCUCAAACAUUCCGCAAAAAGCAAUUAUCUGACUGUGACACACAGGCAGAAACACCAAAAUCAUCAGGGAAACUUGUUGGAAAUACAUUUUUUGGUCCAGAUUUUAAUCCAGAAGCAUAUAGAGGAGUAUUAGAACAGGAAGAUACAGUGGCGGCUUCACCUAGGACACCUAAAACACCUAGUGGGCGAAAUGAUAGUUCUGCAGCAGAAAAAGGACACCGAAAGAUGUUGGAACAGAGAAGACAAUUAGUUAUGACUCUAUUUCAAGAGCAAGGCAUGUUUCCUUCUACUCAAUCAACUUCAGUUUUUCAGGCUAACCAUUCAGAUAUUUUUCCUAAUAAAUCAUCAUUACAACUCAAAAUACGAGAGGUGCGUCAAAAGCUUAUGGCACACAACACAUUGACUCCAAGUAGUGCAAGUGCUUUAAAUAGCCCUAGUGAAUCUUCAACGACCAAUACUCCAAGUAAGAAUUUACGUUUCCACAAGGAGCUCUUGUACUAGACUGAAUUUCAACAAAAAUAUCUAGAACAGUAACUACUAAUGAGACUCUUCAACAUUGCCACCUUCUCAACAAACCCAUAGUGUUAUGACAUCCAGCUAACAUCACUGUAUCAUAGUGCUUAACUUCAAGUCACAUUAAACCUCUAAGAUAUAUUCUGCUACUAUAAUAAUAUUAAGUAACUGGUUUAUUACUAUAUAUUAUUUAAAAUAUUACUAUCUAUAAAAACACCAUCAUUUAUAGAUUAUUUUUAUAACCAAA